UUUGGUUUCAAGUCCAUGGUUAGGCUUUCAAUUGAUAUAUAAUACCUUUUUGUUAUAUUCACAGCGAUGGGUUUCUUCACUCGAUGCUGUGCGGCGGCCCUUCUCCUGGCUGGCGCACUCCCAGCCUAUACACUACCAACACUCGGUAACCACCAAAGCAGGGCCAUUGCUCCUUACUCGAGCAAAAACUCGACUAGAUAUGUCGCAGCUCAUUUUAUGCUGGGUGUUGUAGAGAGCUAUACGGUUGAAGAUUGGAAAGGCGAUAUGAAUCUGGCCAAAGAGAUUGGCAUCGAUGCAUUUGCACUCAACUGUGCGAGUAUUGACUCGUAUACACCCAAGCAGUUAGCAAAUGCAUACGAAGCGGCCUCUCAGGUUGACUUCAAAGUGUUCAUCUCCUUCGACUUUGCGUACUGGUCCGAUGACAAUACCGCGCAAGUUACCGCGUACAUGCAGAACUAUAGCUCCCAUCCUGCGCAGUUACAGUACAACGGCGCCGCUCUGGUUAGUACUUUUAUCGGAGACAGCUUCAAAUGGCAACCUGUCAAAACUGCGACCCAACUUUCUGUCAAAAGUGCUAGACAGCGUUCGAUUGUCGUGGUGCCAAAUAUCCGGAAUCCCUCCUGGGCCGGCGCUGAAAACACUAAUGACAUUGACGGAGCCUUCUCGUGGUACGCCUGGCCCACCGACGGCGAUAACAGUAUUGUCCCUGGGCCCAUGACAACUGUGUGGGAUGAGAGGUUUCUGAAAAAUCUUGGGGAUAAGGUUUACAUGGCGCCUGUUUCACCUUGGUUUUCAACACACUUUGACUCAAAAAACUGGGUUUUCAUUUGCGAAGACCUUAUCACCGUCCGAUGGGAGCAAAUGCUAUCUAUGCAACCAGAUCUCAUUGAGAUUAUAACAUGGAAUGACUACGGCGAAUCCCACUAUAUUGGUCCCUACUCUACCGCUCACUCUGAUGACGGCUCAUCGCAAUGGGCAAAGGGAUUCCCCCAUGACGGCUGGCGUAUUAUCUCUAAGCCAUACAUCGCCGCAUACAAGUCAGGCGCAAAGACUCCUGUUGUCGAAUCAGAUCAGAUGGUGUACUGGCACAGACCUACUCCUAAGGGUGUGACCUGUUCCAAGGACCCGGUUGGUCCGCCGAAUGGGGUCCACAUGCUCUCGGACAGUAUCUUCGUCACAACCCUGCUUACCGAACCGGCUGUGUUGACAGUGACUAGCGGCUCUCAGAGCGCGGUUUCGGUUGAUGUGGCCGCUGGGAUUGUGACGACUAAUUUCACCAUGGGAGUUGGUAAGCAGUCUUUCUCUGUUACUCGGAGUGGAAAGGAGAUUAUGGGAGGGGAGGGAGGGCUGGAGAUCAAGGAUAGUUGCGACUACUAUAACUUUAACGCUUAUGUUGGGUCGUUCAACGCUACGAAGACUGGGCGGCUAGGGGAUGGCCGAUGUAGGUGAGGGUGGGUUGAAAAAGAUACAGAGUAUUUGUUAUGAUUAGACACGAUUAUUUCACUGUACAUAUUAAGGGGUCAUGUUCUUCUAUUCUAUAUCAAUUCUAUGCACAUUUUCUCCUUCACUAUUGAAAAGUCCCUGUAGAGAAUAGCAUAGAGCUAAGAUAAAAUAAUAUCCUAUGAUAGUCACCGAUCACAAGAGACAUUUAGAUGGAGGAUAAGAUAGAUCUCUUUCCAUCAUUAAGCGGCAUUCGGUUAUAAUAUUACGGAGUACUGACGCACUGAAUGCCCUGUGUAUAGGAAUACGGU